AAAGCGAUCAAUGGAAAGCAUUCCAGAAUAUUAAAGAUAAUCCUCGAAUGAUGCUUGAUUAUCUAAUUUCAACAUUUACACAAUUAAAUGAUGACGAGUUUAGUUCUAUAAUUGAAGAAAUAAUUAACACUCGAAAAACGAAUAUAUAUAUUCAAAGAAAAUUGCUUGAUCUCCUAAUUCCGAUAUUCUUUCAACUAAAUGAUGAUGAUUUUAGUUUUAGAGUAAAAAAAAUCCUUGAAUCCCAGAAAAUGAACACUUGUGUUCAGAGAAAAUGCAUCGAAAUGUUUCAACAAGUUUGUAAUUUACCUAAUCAACAAAUAUUAGAUGCGUUAACAUAUGAAUUUGUUGAUACUAGUCUUUAUAAACCUAAUAGCACUAUUGUUGCAAGAGCAAAAAAUUCAAAACAAAAACAAAUCUCAAAAAUUCGAUCUGCUAUUCGUAAAGCAAACAAAAUUCGACUUGCCCAAUUUCAACGCAGAGAUGCCACAGCAUUGGCAGCUGCAUCUUUUAAUCAAAAUCAUCCUAAAGAAGCAUCUCGAUUUUUCAGCUAUGGUAUUAUGGCUGACAAAAGUAUAUGGGGAGAAAUGAAAGUGUUAAUUAUUUGUUUUUCAUACUGGAAUAAUGUUAAAAAUAAACCAAUAAUUUCUGUAGCAAAAUUAACUGAUAUAACACAAUGUAAUACUAAAAUAGUUUCGAAUAUGGUAUUCGAAACAUGUAAACAAAAAGAAAUUGACCCUCAAAAAUAUCAUUUUUGGUUAACAGAUAAUACAGCCUAUAUAUCCUCUGAGAAUAACGGUGCAGUUGCUAAAUUUAAUUCAUUAGCAACGUCCAAGUCAUUUUGA